AUGACUGCUGCGUGGAAAGCCGCCGGUUUGACCUACAACCGCUACUUGGCCGUCGCGGCCCGCGCCAUCCGCCGAAGCCUUAAGGAGGACAAGAGAAUUGUUGCUGAGCGACGUGCUGUCUCCGAGCUGCGAUUUGCUACCUGGAAGAACGGCAAGCCCAGUGAGACCAAGGAUCUGGCUUCUGCCAACGCCGCCGCCAUGGCCGAGAGCGCCUCUUCUUAAGCCGGACAAUGGAAAAGAAAAGCAAAGGGACGAGUUGGGCGAGAUAAUGGUGUUAUAGAUGGUGGAAAGCGACAAGAAGGCCAUGCGAUUGGGGGCUGACUUCCCAAUUGCUGGCCAUGUAAAAAUAACUAACUGCUGCAAUACAUCAUUACAUUGAGGCAA